CUCUCGUGGAGUAAGGUGUUCCACAGUAAUCCACCGCCGAAAUGUACUACCACAUUUUCCUGGGAUUCUUGGCCGUGGUGGCCGCCUACCCUGGUAUCAUCCACGAGGAGGCCCCCCAACUGGAAGCCAAAUACGACCACGCGCUAAUCGGCGAAACGGGACACCAUCAUCAAGUAGAGCAUGAACAUGCCAAGUCACACCAGUCUAUCAAAUUCGAACACUUCCACCCGGUCCCCGUGUACGUGAAGAAAGAGCACAGCCACCUGCUCCAUCACCCGCUCGAGAAAGGCAAGUCUGAGCAGAACCUCAAGCUGAUCCACCCCGAGACAGAGCACACACACGGCGGUGGUCUGGUCCUCGAAGACGACAGGCAUAACACCGACCACGCCGCUGCUCUUGAGCACGGAGGCUUCGAGCACGGUGGCUUCGAACAGGGAGGCUACGAGCAUCUCUCCGGUGGCUACGAGGGUGGUCACGGAGCUCUGGAAGGCGGACACGGUGGAUUCGAAGCUUACAGUGGCGGUGAAGGUCUCAAAGCUGAGCUUGAAGCUGAAGCCGAGGGACACUACUACGCGGAAGCUGGACACGCACUCGCCGACUCCGGCGAGGGCUACAAAUACGACAGCUAUUAACUGCAUUUACCAUAGACUUACCACGGGCAUACUACUAGCGUGGAGAUCACCUCCACCGUCUAAAGUAACUUUAGGUCUAUCUCUUGCCUGUUGAUAUUAGUACACAUAAGGUUAGAUCGUAGCUUGAGACUAAUAUGUAUUCAGCUUACGUUAUGCAGUUGAAGCGUUUCUUGUAGAUUUGAAAUGUACCUGAUUUAGGAUUAAUUCAAAAGUUGUAUUAAGGAAAUUUGUAUGUAGGUCUUGAAUUUUGAACGAUAUAGAUUCACGGCACUACGCGGCAAAUUAAAUUAUGAAAUGUUCCAAACAGUUCCGUUAGGUGUUAGAAAGUCCCGCGUGGUGCGUUCAGAGUUGAUCGACUGCUUGUUCGUGUGAUUGUUUUCUUUGUAAUUGUUCUCUCGCUUGAUUCUCGUAUUAGUAAUUAUUGUGACUAAGGCGAUCGUCGAUUGAGUCCCAGAGAAAUUGUGAUAUUAAUAAAAUGUUUGUUUUUACAUAA